GGCCCCGCGGCGCGCGCUGAGCCUCUCGGCGGCCGGGGCCGCCCUCAGCCCCGCGCUCGAUGUGUCGCCACAUAGUUAUCUGUGCACUUGGUCGCCGGGGCUCUAAUGAGGACCUGAGUCGCGAGCGCGUGUGAAUCACCGCCUGGGCCCGGCGAGGAGGACGGCGCAUUUAACCCCCUCCCACCCCGCUCCAUGUCCGUGUGUCACUCGGCUCCGUCCACCUGGCGCGGCGGGUCCUGGCGCUGCCACUGCUGCUGACGACCAGCUCCCCUCGCGCCUCUCGCCCCAGAACCUCCUGGGCUCCCACGGAACUUGUACUUGUUUUGUUUUCUGUCGUUUUCCUCCUUGGAAAAGCUCAGCAAGGAACCACCGAUCGGAACUGUGAAGCUUUUCCAUUUCCCGUAGCUCCAGCACUUCGGCCCUUGUCUUUUCUGUUUUGUUUUCUGCGUAAACCUCUGGCCCACUCUCAAAAGGCAAGAUGUCCAGUCAUGUCCCGGCGGAUAUGAUUAACUUGCGCCUCAUCUUGGUGAGUGGAAAGACGAAGGAGUUCCUCUUCUCCCCGAAUGACUCCGCCUCCGACAUUGCGAAGCAUGUCUACGACAACUGGCCCAUGGACUGGGAAGAAGAACAGGUGAGCAGUCCAAACAUCCUGCGCCUCAUUUAUCAAGGCAGAUUUCUACACGGAAACGUCACGUUAGGAGCAUUAAAACUUCCUUUUGGCAAAACAACAGUGAUGCAUUUGGUGGCCAGAGAGACCCUGCCAGAGCCCAACUCACAAGGUCAGAGGAAUCGGGAGAAGACUGGAGAGAGCAACUGCUGCGUGAUCCUGUGACACGUCGCAGCACGUGCUGCAGUCUGUUGAUGCUGCUGGGACAGAGGACUUCAACAGCACCCACACCUGUGGGACAGCCACACCUGCACACCAUGGGGCUGAAUUACUCGGGAACUCUGUCAUCUCUUCUUAGAAAGUAAAAAGAACCAAGAAGACUCUCA